UAUCAACAUCUGCAGCACGAGACCCCACGGAGGCUUUCCAUUUUUAUUCCACAGGUCUGUGCUCCAGUCGAUACAUUGUCGCUUUUACGUGAAGAUAACAUGUUAGCAUCCUACAAAAACAUGAGCUGGCUGAGAGUAGGGGGGGAAUGAAGGUGUGCUUUUUCGCGAACUAUAUGAGGAAAUUGACUGGUCUGCUCACCUGUGUGGGAUAAUAUUUUACACACGGAGAGAUCUACCCUUGAAAGCUGAAAGUACUGAAAUGGAUGUACGCACAGGAAAACAGGAGGCGAUGGAUGCUGCUGCCUUCACCGCUGAGAAUGAAGCUGAGAGCAAGCAGGUGCAGGAGGAAAAGUCCGCUGCAUCCGGGCAGAAUUACCUGGACUCAUGCCCCGUUUGCACUUUAAACUUUCACAGCCGAGAGCCCAAACUUCUUCCGUGUCUGCACUCUUUUUGUAAGAAAUGUCUCCCUUCGCCCUCGAGGAAUUUGGCCAUGGCAGAGACGCCAAACUCCCAGGUGGACAGCGCGACCAAACCACUGAAUGUGAUCCGCUGUCCGGUGUGCAGACAGGAGUGUAUGGAGGUAGAUGUGAUGGACAACGUGUUUGUGAGGGACUCAGUUGAGACUCCCAGCAGCACAGUGGAGAGGACAGUCCAGCUCUGUAUGACAUGUGAUGACAACACUGAAGCGGCUGGGUUUUGUGCGGACUGCGUUGAAUACCUCUGUGCCACCUGUGUGGAGGCCCACCAAAGGGUCAAAUUCACCAAAGACCACACCAUCAGACAGAAGGCAGAAGUAUCGCCAGAAGUCCAUGGGGUGUCGACUCAGAGGCCGGUGUUCUGUGAGAUCCACAAGCAGGAGCCGCUGAAGCUCUUCUGUGAGACCUGCGACCUGCUGACCUGUCGUGACUGCCAGCUGGUCAAGCACAAGGACCACAAUUACCAGUUCCUUGAAGAUGCUUAUAAAAACCAUAAACAGCACAUGGAGAGCAUGACCCAUCGGCUGCAGGAGAAACAGAAAAUGAUUGAAGAGGUAUCCAACUCCAUAAACAAUGGACUCCGACAGGUUCAUCAGAACCGUACGACUGUUCAUAAUGAAAUAGAGAAAUCUAUCUGCAGUUUGAUUCUUGAGAUAAACAAGAAGGGCAAGAUGCUAGUUAAUCAACUUGAGGCUGUAACAAAGGAUCAUGAGAGUGUCCUAGGAAAACAACAGGAGGACAUCGGCUAUCUUUCCAGACACCUGGAUCAUGUCAUCAACUUCACCAAAUGGGCCACAGCCAGGAAUGGGGGCACAGCCCUGUUGUACUGUAAACGUUUGAUUCUGUUUCAGAUUGGAAACCUCCUGCGGGCAAAAUGUAGUACCUCGUUUAUACCACAGAGCACUGUGCGCUUCCAGAGCCGAUCCUCUUAUUGGGCCUUGAAUGUAGAUCUGGGCUCUUUACUGGUGGAGAGUGCACCAGGCCACCAGCUGGGCGGUUUUCAGGGUAUCCCUCAUCAGCUCCCCCACCCUGCGCCGGGCCCCUCAGGCUCACCCCACAGCUACGCCCUGGGAGCACCCCAUACUACUCUGGCUCAGCUCCAAAUGCAGGUGGAGAAGCUAAACCCGCAGGCCAACUGGCAGCCCCAACCACCUCCUCCACCCUGGACGUGGUACCAGAGUGUCCGACUUCCGCGAACCAUCCCUGGGCCCCUGCAAGGAGGCCCCGCCCCCUCCCACACUAUGAUGCCCCAACCAGGCCGCAGGUUCAUGGUGCCCCCUCCCAACCACAUCAGCCCAACUAGCAGCUUUGAAAGCCCUGGGUUUACCCCCCAGCCUCUGAGGGGGAUGGGAAGCAGCUACCAACCCAAACCCAUGGAAGUCUUCUCCUCUCCACCUCUCUACACCCAUAUUACACCACUGCCCAUCAAUAGUGGCGUCAGCUCGCCUCAAUCAGAUCAGACGAUUGAGCCUACAUAUCUGAAUAGGAGGAAUGAUUCAGGCGGUCCGAUGUACAUGCUGAAACCAAACUAUCCCCAGGGCUUGCCUCCAUGUUUUCAACACAUAAAUGUGCAAGGACAGCAGAAUUCACCAGGGUACGCUGCUGUUUCCCAGGAGGAGAAACCAGGCAUUGUUACCUGGAAACCUCCAGAAACACAGCAGGCCAGUGGAGCAGUAGGCUCAGCUGUCAAGAAGAGAAGAAGGUUAUCACCAGGGCCCAUCAUAGUCAUCAAAGAUGAGCCAGAUGAUGACAGUGGCCACCUCCAAACCCAUCAAAGAGCCAGCCUUCCUGACAGCACAGGUGACCAACCCCCAAUCAGUGCUCCUCUUCAAAGCACAGGUGACACACCCCAUAGUCCUUCCCAGCCUCCAAGCAGCCCGCGGGACCAGAGUAAGACUAAUGCUCAAAAUCACAGCCGUACCCUGGGAGGAGAACAGCAGGUAGACCAAGCCCCACUGGAGGACUCUAAAGAGGUCCUGUGUGCUGCGUGUGGGACAGGCGGAGAGCUGCUGAGCUGUGAUCAGUGUCCCAGGAGGUUUCACCUUUCCUGCCAUGUUCCAACUCUCCUCAAAUCUCCCAGUGGGAAAUGGUUUUGCUCAUUCUGCCGUGAUCUGUUAGUGCCAGAGAUGGAUUAUGACUGCGAACCUGAAGCCAAAACAGUGAAGAAGGAGCCAGAUUCUGAAGGAGGAUUUCACCCUGUGGACAAACGAAAGUGUGAGAGGCUGUUGCUGCACUUGUUUUGCAGCAAGCUGAGUUCAGACCUUCAAGGCCCUGUAUCCCCCCCGGUAUGUGCUAAUAACAGGGAGACUAUAAAGGGACCGAUUAAUCUUUCCGCUCUGAGAAGACGACUGGAAGCAAAGCAGAGUCUGUGCUACAAAAGCCCUGCAGAGUUUGUGUCGGACAUCAAGCUUGUCCUCAAUCAGGUGGACGCAGAGGGCAGGGAGCUGGGCGGAAAGCUUAAAGAGCAGUUUGAGGAAUACCUGAAGAGCAUCUUCCCUGACCAGACCUUUCCAGAAAUCAAACAGGAGAUGAUGCCUUCUGCUCCUCCUGACUCUCUUUUCUCAUCUUUUGACCACAAAUCCCAGCAUGCAAAGCGCUUGCGCACAUGUCCAGACUCCCAGGAUGCACCGAUCUGUCCCAGUGGAGAGGGGGGAGAAGUAUGAGAGAAAGACAUAUUUUGAAACGUUCGAAAACACUGCCAGCACCAGCUAAUAUUUGGUGUGUUCAACUUUAUACUUGAACUUGAUACACAAUCAUCUUCAGGCCACAACACCUUUGUCCUUCCUUUUCUUUUUCCUUACAUUUUUCUGGAACAAGCUACAUGGCAAAUGUUGCAUUCACACUGAAUUCAAAGACAUGGCUGCUAUAUAUUACUACAGGCAUCAAUAAUAAGAUUUAUGCAAAAUGUACAUACAUGCAGAACAUUUGGGUGUUUACAGGGUAAAGCGGAACUGGCUAUUAAGGUAAGCAGUCUUGUUUUGGUUAAGUUAUGCAUUCAUUAGCUCUGAGCUUGCACACUGUGGUCAGGUCUCGAGUGUUUUUCCUCUCCAGCUCUCCAUGUGUAAAUAUAGCAGUGUUCAGCGGAAGGAUGAUAACCAUGCAGCUUUGAUGUUUUUUCAUAUGUGGAAUAAAAUGUGUUACGAGGCCAAUCAAGAAAAAACAAUGGAGUCAAAGCUGUU